AUGAUGCAAAGCGGCGAGGGUGGCGAGGCUAGGGAGCUGAUCUCUCUGCCAUCGCGCUCUCAAGAGCAGGUGCCGACAACUCCGUACGUGGUUGCUCCAGGUGAAGAAGUACUCAGCUACAAUGCGUACAUCGGAAAGCUUCGAAGCCGCGUUGUGGCAUUAUCAGUGUUGACUGUGGGGUGCUUCGUGGUCUCAGCUAUCGUUCAACUCUUCUUCGGUUUUCUCAGUUGGCAAAGUCUGCAGCAGAAGCUCGAAUUUUUGGCGCAAGUUGAAGCCAUCCCUGAAUUGAGCACGUUUCUGAACGUGGCACCUCAACUGCUUCUGACGUCUGCCGUGCCGGCCGUCAUCAAUGCACUGGUAAUUGGCGGCUUUUUCGUGUUGUGUGGCCUCUGUGGCGCCAGGGCAAACAAUCAGUGCUGCGCUUGCUGCUACUGCUGUUGCAACAUGUGCUGUUGCGUGCUCACUGUCGGCACGCUGCUGGCAUCCGCAGCCUUCCUGAACUUCAUGUACACAAGCAGCGAUGCGGUCGAGAUUUGGUUUGCAAAGUGUGACCCAUCGAUUUGUUAUCCUGCAGGGACUGAGACAGAUCCCAGGAUGACCGUUGACUGCCUGGCACCCGCGGUAUGGGAUGGCUAUGGGCCGCAGCUUGAAGGCCCCCACCUUCCGAGAGAGUGCCCUCCCAUGUAUCUCGUCUGUAAGGGUGGAGACUUCGAUGAGCCAACUUCGAGCGAGGAGAGGUACCUCAAGGAG